GGGUCCUAAAGGUGCUCACUCACUUUAAACUCCAAUAUCUUGGAAACUUCUUGGAAUAUUCUAAUGAAACAAAAAGCAUGUUAUUGCCAAUACUAUGCUGUAUAAAUAAUGCUUCUGGUUUAAUUUUAUCCAAGCAUUACUUAGGGAUAUAUUUGAAUUUUUGUCUGACUGUGUGCUAAAAUCCCGUUACCCACUUUAAUUUGAAAAACCUAAAAAAAUAAUAGGGACAUCCUCAUAAAACAAAUUGCACAUCAUUAAGUGAUUUAUGCCUUAUUGAAAAAAAAACCAUUAAGGUGCAAAGCGGGUUUUUCCAAAUACACUUUAUGUAACCUUUUAAAGCGAUACGUUAAAAGUUGAGAUAAGUUUGUCACCUUAAUAGUUCCAAUUUUCCACCAUUUGUGCGUUCGAAAGUCAGAACCGACCCAAUGUAUCUCCUGGUGCUCUUCACUUUCUGCUACAGCUGCCACGCAGCCAACAUCCUCGUAUACUACCCCACCCCCUUCUACAGCCACCAAGUGACUUACAGACCCUUAUACAGGGAGCUGGCGAACAGGGGGCACCAGCUCACCCUGAUCACCCCCAACCCCACAGAGCCUCACCCCAACAUCACCCAGAUCGACGUGGGAGCGGUUUAUAAGUUCUUAAACGACAAUAAGUUUUACGAGCUGGUGUCCAGUGGGGAGCAAAGUUUCGGAAACAUCGUGCAGUUCUUCAGGUUGAUGACCAGGGCGAUUGAUAUGGAGCUGAACCAUCCGGAGGUGAGAAGGUUGAUCCGGGGGAAUGAGAGAUACGAUUUGGUGCUGGCCGAGUAUUUGGUGACUGCUGGAACAGCGUUUGCGCAUAAGUUCCAGUGUCCUAUGAUAGCUUUAUCCUCCAUGGACACCACCAGUGUCAACCAUCAGCUGCUGGGGAACCCCGCGCACCCCCUGCUCUACCCUCCGCAAGACGCUGGGUUUAUAGGGAAACCCACUUUCGGGCAACGGAUUCUCAGCACUCUAGGGCACCUGGUAAUGAUAGUUAUUGAGAAGUUGGUGCGUCAAAGUAUGGACACGAUAGUGAAAAAGCACUUUGGCGCAGACACCCCCCCUCUGGAAGAACUCGAGCAAAAGAUCAACUUCUUCUUCAUUAAUACCAAUCCGGUGUUUUACACGGCGAGGCCUUUGGGGUUGCAAACGAUCAAUUUGGGUGGGGGGUUGCACUUCGAACCACCAAAGCCUUUACCCACGGAUUUCAAGGAGUUCCUGGAUAACUCCGAGGAGGGGGUGAUCUAUUUCAGUUUAGGGAGCACCAUAAGGAGUGCCCACAUCGAUUCUCGGUCGAGGCAAGUCAUCCUGGAGGUCCUGGGGAGGCUCCCCUAUGACGUCCUAUGGAAAUUCGAAAACGACCAAAACGACACGGUUGUCUUGCCGAAGAACGUUCGGGUAUCAAAGUGGGUGCCCCAGCAGGACGUGCUUAGACACCCCAGGGUGAAAUGCUUUAUAACCCAAGGGGGGCUGCAGUCCCUGGAAGAGAGCUUGUACGCCGGCGUACCCGUGCUUAUCCUGCCAUUUUUCGGCGACCAGUUCCAGAACUCCGCCAAGGCGGUUCGGUCCGGAAUCGGUCUCGAGCUGGACCAUAAGAACCUGGAAACCGAAUCGUUUGAGGCGGCCAUUUUGGAAUUAAUACAAUCGGACAAGUACAGGAUGAACGCGCGACAACUGGUCCAGCAGCUGCUGGACCAGCCAAUGAGCGGCCUGGAACGGGCGGUCUGGUGGACCGAGUAUGCCCUGCGCAAUAGAAACGUCGACGUCUUAAGGCGACCUUUGAAUUACGACAUGCCUUUGUACCAGUAUUUGUUCUUGGAUGUUAUUUUUUGUUGUUUGGGGGCCUUAGUUGUCCUUGUUUGGCUCCUAUUUAAGACCGUUGGUUUAGUAAGAGGGUUUGUCCUUAGAAGGAGACAGAAGGUUAAAAGGGAUUAAGGUUAGAGUGUUUUUUUUAUAUAUUUUUUUUU